AAAAAGUGUAGUAACAAUCAGUAAACAAAAUGUUCAGCAUUAAGUAUUACCAGGUUUUAUUAACUGUCACCGUUGUAGCAGCAGUAAAUGCGGAACAUCGCAUUGUCGGUGGAUUCGAUGCGGAAGAAGGAGCCUUCCCAUACCAGGUCUCGUUGCGUAGAGGAAACUUUCAUUUUUGUGGCGGUUCAAUACUGAACGAAAAUUGGGUUUUAUCUGCGGCCCAUUGCGUCGUGGGAAAAUCUCCUGAAAAUAUGUCAGUUGUCGUUGGAACGAACUCCUUGAGUGAAGGAGGCGACUGGUACGACAUAGAGCAAUUCAUCCCGCAUUCUUUGUAUUCUCCAUACUCGGUUAAAAAUGAUAUAGCUCUUGUUCGAUUGAAAGAACCAAUUGAGUUCUCGGACAAGGUGAAACCGAUAAACCUACCUAAUGAAGACACCAACGAAGAGGAUUUGAUACUGAGCGGUUGGGGAACCACAACUUACCCGGGAAAUAGUCCCGACAAAUUGCAGACAAUCAAUUUGCGAUCCAUCAGCAACGUCAAAUGCGCCAUCGAGCAUGCUAAAAAUGACGUAUUUGCUACAAAUAUUUGCACGUUGACUAAGAAAGGAGAAGGUGCAUGUCACGGAGAUUCCGGAGGUCCUUUGGUUCAUGAAGAUUAUCAAGUCGGGGUCGUUUCUUGGGGCAUCCCAUGUGCCAAGGGUAAACCUGAUGUAUUUACCAGAGUCUACGGGUAUUUGGAUUGGAUAAAAGAAGAAAUGGAAUAUAGAAUCGUACAGAGUGUGAAUGUGAGAAUGCUUUGGCACAUGAUGUUGGUGGGAUGUGCCCUUGUGGCAUCGGCUAAAACGGAGCCUGAGAGAAGGAUCAUCGGUGGAAUCGAAGCCGAUGAAAACAAAUUCCCAUACCAAGUGUCCCUGCGAUUGGAAAGUUUUCACUUUUGCGGAGCAGCGAUUCUCAACAACAAAUGGGUUUUAACUGCUGCCCAUUGCUUGGCCCACAACGAUGUCUCACACAUAACAGUUGCAGUUGGAUCGAAUAACUUAUCGCUUCAGAGCAAAAUGUAUAAGGCCAAGAAAAUCAUUAUCCACGAAUAUUACUCGGAGUUGAAAAUAUCCAAUGAUAUUGGUUUGAUCAUGGUGGAGACACCGAUAUCAUUUUCCACAAGUGUGAAACCCAUACAGUUACCUCUAAGUGAUACAAUAACGGGGAGAUUAUUGACCGUCAGCGGAUGGGGACUCACGGAGUAUCCUCUGAAGACAGUACCGGAUGAUCUAAAAACGGUCAAGAUGAGAGCGAUCAGCACACAAUUAUGCAAAGCAAUGUACGAUACUUAUGUUGUAUCACCCAGGGAUACAAAUCUAUGCACCCUAAGCACCAAGGGUCGAGGAGUCUGCAAGGGCGAUUCCGGCGGUCCUCUCGUUGACGGAAAAUACGUGGUCGGCGUAGUUUCCUGGGCGGCUCCGUGCGCUUUAGGCAAACCGGAUGUCUUCACACGAGUUUACAAAUACGUCGACUGGAUACGUUCUCACAUCAAAUAAAUGUUAUGU